AAUUCUGGGUUGGACUGGUGUAUUUACCAGUGGGAAGGAUUUACUGUCACACAUGUGAUCCUUUGGCCGAUCCUUUUCGGUGUUUACGCGUUUGAUUCUUGUUCUUGACUCGAUGUGCAGGUGUGUCAGUGUUUAUUGAUUCGCACCUGUUUUAACUUGGUGUUGUUGGCAAUUGAUGACUGCAUCAAUUUGUGCUAUCGGUGUGAAACACGUCUAUGAUAUUGGCAUGUAACUGUUUUUUUACAGCAAGGCGUUUUUAGGUAAAUAUUGAAAACUGCAUUGUAUCCAUUUUUGAUACAUACUUCAUCGGAGCUCAAGUUCAAUCUAUUGUUGAUAUUCCGUGUGGUCCUGUAGACCACUGCAUCAAUAGGGAAGCGUAUAAACACGACUAUCGCAGCAGCACGUGUACCAAGGCUACGUAACCUGGACUGGAUCUAGCAUUUCAUCCGGUCCAUUUGUACAUCCCUGGUUAAUGUAGUACAAUGGACCCGAGUGUACUUCAAGAGGCCACUGAGCUGCCUGAAGAGCAGCCACAGGACCAGGGUCCAAACGAGGUACCUGAUGACCAGACGGCAUCUGAUCAAGUCGAUGGGUCUGACGCCACUGCUACGCACCAAGGGCAACCUGUGGACGAAAAUUACGGUGAGGCUGAACAAUUAGCUGAGGUAAUUUUAGUCACUACAUCCUUGGGUGGUAUGAAGCGCCAAUUCUUCCAGUCUAAGCUGGCGCAGCAUAUACUGGACUGUAAGGGGAUAGUCUAUUACCUGAUCGACGCCAAUCGUGACUUUACUCGCGCGGCAGCGUUAAAGGACCAUCUACUGUUUGAGCAGUGGAAUUCCGAGGGACUGCUCAAGAAAGAGACUGUCAACGGCCGUGAAUCCAUUAUACUCCCACAGCUGAUUAUCGACGGGAUAUCAAUUGGUUCUACAAAGGACAUCCAGGACCUUGAGGACGACGGUGACCUCGAUUACAUACUUGCGCGCAUGACAUGUCCUCAGUGCUUUGCUGAGAAGGGCCAGGAUGCCGUACAGUGCCCGCAGUGCAAGACCCAGUAUCGUAUGAAGAUAAACCCGGAAUACGUGGACGGCGUGGAUGUCCAACGCAUCUGCCAGGGUGUAUUGGUAGGUGUCGGUGAGGAAUGAAAC